UUAUAAUGAUUUUAAUGAUUGUAAGGAUGGUAAUCAACAUUAAAUUGUUUAUCUCAGUCCCUCGUCUUUUACACUAUUUUUGAGUGUAAAAACUGUUCCUAGUAACGACUUGAACAAUUUAUUUUCGUUCGGGAAUAGCCUAUAAAGUAUUGCAAGAUAAAGUUCUUCAUGAUUUUCCUGCCAUCAAGUAACCGUUUAUCAUAGCCGUUAUCCUUCCAUAUUGCGCCACAAAUCGAAAGGGCGCGAACACGUAUCUCAAAGAUUUUUUUUGUUCCUUUGUCCGCGUAUAAAGGGCGGCGAAAAUGAUGCUGUAGUUUGUUGCUUCCUCCCCAUUUAUGGUAUAAACGCAAAUUUACGAUAUGGGGUGCGUUGGUUUCUCGUGCGAUCUGAAUAGGGACGAGGAGACGUAGAAGAGGCAGAGAAGUCGAGAUAGAAUGAGAGACUGGAGUGAGGAAAUCCAGGGUAUGCGGACACGCAGCGAGGGUACAGACAUAUUAACGAUGUCCCAGAUUUCCUUAUCGAACGUAAAUGAUAAGUUGUUAUCUGAAGUGCAGGCUAACGCGACGAAUCUUCUUUAAGAAGGGAAAACUCUGCGGACAUUGACAUCCAUAUUUCAUAAAGGUGCUGCACAUAUAACUAAAACUAAAUGUGAUAAAGCAAACCAGAGCAAAGAUUAGUUCUUGCUAUGAUAUCACACAUUGGCAGAACGGAAAGUUAAAUUGAUUUUAUAUUUUUUUUAGACAUGAAAGAUUCUGUAUAAAGCAUUAUCGCCAGUUUUCGCCGGAAAAAAAAUCAACGAAUUGCAAAUGCAAACAACAUUAUGAUGGCUUAGGCUUAGAUACACGCUCUACUGCUAUGUCGAUAAACGUAGAAUAUACUUAGUGUAAAUUUUGCAGUCUGUUACAAAUGGUGAAGUCUUUCGGGUCACCUUACCUAACAUAAGGUCUGGGGAACUCUGUGAAUAUGUUAUAUGGUGUACUAGGAAAUAUGCAUGUAAUGUAAUUUUACGACCGGCAGUCAUGCUGGAUGGUGAGAAAGGACUAAACUGACGUAUCUGCUCUAUUACAGUACCCUUGUAUGGUUCCCACGAGACAAACUAGACAGUGAUAGCGGCGGACAGGAUUGGAACUCAGAUUUAUUGGCUUACUUGAUGGUACGAUCAAUAGAUUAAAACAGGAAACCCUUAAACAUUUCAUGGCUGAUUGUAAUGUAAUAUAGUUUAUCAGAGAACACAAGGAGUUAUGUGGUUACUGUAUCCAUUCAGAUACACCAGAAGACAUUUUUUUCAUCACAGAUACAGACGCGUUUAAACCAGAAUUGUUAUGAUGUUUUUGCUCUUCCUUAUAAUAUGAGUUAAAUGCACAUUAUUCUUUUCAAGAUUAAAAAGGAAAUUAUGGAUUUGGUGAAAAAAACAUUAGUCGGACUUGCUAUAAUACCCAAGAAAAGAAUCGUCUAAAAUUAGAAGCGCGGGUGUGUCAAUGUGGACUCAGGUUUGAUUUUAGAAAUAUGGUGGUCAUAUUGUUUUUCUUUAUUUCUUAUGAUGUAUAUUUUUACAUGUAUUUAUUUGAGAUAAUGGUACAUUUGCAGUCAUUAAAGUGGUCAACAGAUAUUGCGCAGUGCUAGAGUUGUUUUAGUAUCCAGUCCAUGUAGAAGUGAAAAAUUUCAUAGUCUCAUUGUUUAGCCGAGACUCUUUAGUCCUUGUUCUCAUCCUGGUUGAAUCGUAAUUGUUAAAAUUCAUCGAUCGCAGCGUUUCUGCCUAACGAGGGAGUUCCUUGCUACUGCCCGUUGGUUAUCAGGAAUGAGGCGGUUAUCUCAAGUGGUAGCCGGUCAGGCGGUUCGGGGUGGGGGGAGGUUACACGUGACCCAUAACAAAUAGAUUGUGGAGUAUACCCACUGCCCUUCCCCGUGCGCCGGGGAUGAGGUGCCAGAUAUUGAUAAUGACGCCUGGUGCACACUAAAUGGAAGUACUCAAUGUCUGUCUGCUCCAUGGCAGUUCGUACGAGAUUGCGACGAUAGGCUAGUAUAGUACACGUGCCCGAGUCCACAGGCCGUAUUUCUUCUGUCGUGCCAGUGUGAAGAACAAAACAUAAUAUCUUCAGACUGUUUAAAGAACAGGAAAGUUGGACAACUAGCAUUGAAAAACGUUCGGCAACGACUGUGCUGAAAGUACCGGGGUAGCCCUUCGUGCUCCUCCAACGUACGAGUGACGUUAGAACUAGUCCACAGCGCAGACAGCUCACUCGAAAGAGCGUAGACGAACCUGCAGCUCACCGUCGCGCACACGCAGCCUCAGAACACAGCGCAGGUUUAGCUCGCAGCCCUAGUCACAGGGACAGCGGGAGAGCAUGUGUCUGGAAACAGUGGGCGUGUGGCUGCGGUCGUGGGUGGUGCAGGCCAAGGCGAGGUUUCGUUACCGCAUCGACAAGGCUCACGCGGCCAGGGCCAGGAAGCGCUGGAUCAAGCGCCAGAAGUCGGUGAUAAGGGCCAAUUAUCAGCAGGAUUGUCACAGCGAUCCUCUGGACCACCUGGGGCACCAUCCCUACAAGCCCACUACCUAUGUGUCCGACAGCGAGGACGAGGAGUGUAGGCUCACCUACAACUCGGAUCAGGGCGUCGGGGUGCUGUCGCCGCAGCGGCUGAGUCAGCGCCUGAACGAGAACGCGCUGGCCCGGGAGGCGGUGGGCGAGAGCGACGCGGAGCUGGCUCAGUAUCUCAAGGACGAGCGAAUCGCCCUCUUCCUCCAGAAUGACGAGUUCAUCAACGAGUUAAGGACCAACCGGGAAUUCAUGACGGCGCUGCAAGAAGAUUAUCAGUCGGAAGCAGCAGACGAUGAGGAAGUGGAUGGAACAGAGGUCAAGGGGCAGUUAGCACAUCUUGAUGAUGCUACGCUCAGAGAGAGAAUUGCCACAAUGGGUAAAGCCUCAAGGAAAAAAUUUGCACAGAUUGCUAAGGUAUUUUCACGACGUAAGCGCAGUGGAGGGAGAAGUCUCCUCCCCAGCACAGGGAGGGAACAGCUCCUUAUAUCAGCUGAUCCUCUCAUUGAAGACGAUGAUGAUGACAGGCAAUUGCAGCAAGUGGAGGGAAAUAUGGCAGCUUCCCCAAGACACCUUCGGUAGAGGUAUGUAAAGGAUACCUGUGAUGCAGUUACAGGACCACAACCUCAGCAUGGAAAAUCAUCUUGUGCUUAAGAUGUGACAUUGCUGUGGGUUCUGAACAACUGGCAGCGAUCAAUUUUGGAGAAAAGGAUGAGCGUGUUUGGGUUGGGCUUUCAGAGGGACUCCACUCAAGGCAUAAUAGUGUACCUCUUGAAAGUUUACUUAUAAUAUGAUUGUUUUUUCACUUUGAGAAGCAUGUUGAUUGUUUUCUGAAUGUUGUAUUGUGAUGCAGUGAAACCAAAGCAUUUUUAAUCUGAGUUAUACCUUAUUAGUAAGUUAGUUUCAUUAUCAGUUACACUUCAAGUAUGAGGAACACGUCUUUUCUUUUCAGUGUUACAAUAUAAUCAGGGCAUUUAUCAUAACACUUGGUUGUACUUUAUGUAGUCAUGUCUGUGACAGAAGUAUGAAUUACAGGUGAAAGUCUGAAUAUGAAUAUUUUCAUUGAAUGUUCAUAUGAAACUUUAGUCAGAAUAGAUAUCUAAUCUUUCACCUCGGUUAUCAAGAGUUCUCAGUAUACCCAAGUUCUCUUUUCCCUGUGGGAAUGAAAUAUGAAAGUGUUAAUGACAUUUUAAAUAGAGACAUGGAAAUUGUAUUUUUUAAUAAGAUGAUGUGAAACAAGGCAUGAGCGAUACUUUUUUUGUAUAAUUGAAGAGAAUUUUAUAAGGAUAUUAACUGGCAGUUUAAUAGCAGAUUGGUAAAGUUUAUGUUGUAAUAUAUAUCAAAAAGGAAAAUGUAUAAAUUAUAUUUCUAGUAUAUUGCAUAUAGGUAAGUUGAGACAGUGUUUCCCAUGAUUGGAGUAAUCAUUGCUUAUAGAAUGAGCAACAAGCCAGAAAUGGAGAAAGGAGUUGCGCUUAGGUAGAUGGUUACAAGGAAAGGAUUAUUAGCUAGCUUGUAAUAGCCAGGCAGUUUAUGCUCUUAUACCAUUAUUUCUGUAUGGUAGAACUUAAAGCCUUUGUUGGCCAUGGUUACCACAGGAAGAUACAAGUCAAGAUUUUUUCCUUUUCUGUGUGCAAAUGUCUGUGCUACUGGUGAGUCACAAUGUUAUGGUCAUAUGACGUGUGAUAUAGAUUAUACUCAGUGCCAAGACUAGUGGAUAAUGAUUUUAUGAUAAGUAUAAACCCUUUUCUUUUAAGUGAAAAGCCUGUUAUCACUGAUGCUACUAUACUGCAGGACAAUAACCCUUUAUUUUUUAUCCAUCAACUGAUAAAAUCUUUCAGUUUUCUUAAUGAAAUUUAAUGAUGUUAGAUACUUUUGUUUAUUUUAUUGAACAUUAAGUAGAAUUGAUUAAUCAAACCUUUGCAUAUGUCUUUGACAUAACAGACUAAUUAUUAAACUAAAGCUGUAGAAUUAUAAUUUUGAGAAUUAUACUGUGAUAUGCAAAGGAGAUUGAAACAGAUAGACUGAUAUGGUGAUGAAGGUCAGUUUCUUUUUCCACUGUCUGUUUGUUUGUCAGUUAGGUGGACAAUACUAAAAUAUUUGUAAGUAUGAGAAGGAUAUGCUCUCAUAUAAAAUAUUUUUCAUGUUGGGAAAACCUAAGUUGCAGAUUGUUUUCAGAGGCAGACUGUGAUUUAGGAUUUUUAUGAAAGAAAUUUAAACCAUCCCUUUUUUCAUCCCUUCAUACAGCUCUUUAUAAGUUAAUAACUGAGAGUAUCACUAAUCUGUUAGUCACUUUUAUUACUGAUAUUGCAUAAACAUGUGUGAAAUUAUAUUAAUUGUAUUUCAAUGCAUAAUUAUAUGUUAUAGAUAUAUUCAGUUUGAAAUGAGAAAAGGCACAUGAGUUAUUUCACAGCCUAAUGGAUUUCAGCCAGUAUUAUUCAGAACUCUUAAAGAUAACAUUUAAUUGUUAUGUUCCAAUUUUCAUUCAUAACCUCAUGAAGAGUGUGUGUGUGUGUGUGUGUGUGUGUGUGUGUGUGUGUGUGUGUGUGUGUGUGUGUGUGUGUGUGUGUGUGUGUGUGUGUGUGUGUG